CUGUGAACCGUCAGUGAGGUUUGGAUGGUGGAUUACGAGAAAUUCGAAACGAGAUUACGAACGAGAUACCAACAGCCAUGGCAGCAACCAGCGCAGAUCCUUCACAGCCGUUUCCCCCGCUGGAAGACUUUUGUCGUAAUCUUUCUUUUUCUUUUAGCAAGAGUCUCCCUUCAGAAGCCAAUCGAGCCGAGGGAUCACAAUGGCGCAUCUCAUACCAUCGCCAAGUGGAAUGUAUUCGCAAUCAAGCAACCUACACCCUGCGUGCCCUGAAGCAGAUGCAUGAGAACAUCCCAUCCGUAGACAGCACAAGACCUUUCCGCGUGGGUCUAUUUAUUGCAGAUGUGCUGCCCGCAACCGGCGAGAUGAUGUGUCGUGUGCUGCUGGAUGCCGUUUUGGAUCAAACAAAGAUUUUAACAAAAAAAGAUAUCACGAUUCUCGGGCGACGGUCGGAUAUCAUUAGGAGCUCUUUGGCAGAGCGGCAUAAAAGUCUUGAUAUACUCUGGGACUGGGACAACCAAGAGUUUCUGGCACAGUUUAGCGUGGUCAUUCUUUUAUCGUCGUCAAUGCACAUGCCGCUCAUCGAAGAACAACUACGAACUCAAGCCCGUUUUCCAGACGUUCCACCGACAGUUUUCUUCUCAACGGCACCUGGCAUAACUCGUCAAAAACUGGUAAAGUUGCUGAAGACAGACUUGGUUAUACAGCCUCUUUGGCAUCAUGAGCCGGGACCAGAAGAUGAGAAUGCUGAACAACACGCGUUGUGGUCGUCCAAGCAAAUUGCCCCUGGACCUUUUUUACCUGAUCUUGAUGCUCUUUCUGUGUUGCUCACAAAAUAUUCAAAAGCCUACGGACUUGACGACACCGCUGCGACAAGGUAUGUUGUCAAUUUGCCAAUAUACUAUGGGGAGUUUUAAAGUAAAAUAGUG